GUGGUAACUUUAUGACAGCAGCCGCGGUGAUGGUCGAGUCGGCGAGAAAAGCGGACGGAUCGAGUUAAAGGCAAAAGGAGACAGCUGGGGAGGGGACCCCAGCCUGGGGGUGCACUCCACAGACCUUCAGCCUCCCGGCUUGGGGGACAGGACCCCUCACCUUACCUGCCCUCUUCCCCCCCUAAAGGUACUUCUUCCCUCUUUGUUCCCCCUCCCCUCAUCCCUGAUGCCUCUCCCUUCAUCCCACCUCUCCUUUCCCCUUUUGGGUAUUUCCAUCCUCUAGGCUCCUCAUCUAUCCCUUCCUCAAGCUCUCCAUCCCUACUCAUCAUCCCUCCCUGCAGACUUUGUGUCUGUCCGUCCAUUCACCCCCACCCCAGCCUCCCCUGCCACUGAACUGCCCUGGGGCUGUCUACUCUCCUCCAUCCUCCUCCUCCUCCCUCUCAAGUCCCUCUCCGUCAUUUCUUCCCUUCCCCUGGGUCCCCCUUCCCGUGUGCCACCAUGACCGUGAUGGCUGGAGAGAACAUGGAUGAGACUUCUGCGCUACCUGGCCACCCCCAGGAUAGCUACCAGCCCGCUGGCCACGAUGACCAUGAGUGCUGUGAACGCGUAGUGAUAAACAUUGCGGGACUACGCUUUGAGACGCAGCUGAAGACCUUAGCCCAGUUCCCCAACACUCUGCUGGGCAAUCCCAAGAAGCGCAUGCGGUACUUUGACCCCUUGCGCAAUGAGUACUUUUUUGACCGUAAUCGGCCCAGCUUUGAUGCCAUCCUCUACUACUAUCAGUCUGGGGGGCGGCUUCGCCGGCCAGUCAAUGUGCCCUUGGACAUGUUCUCUGAGGAGAUCAAAUUUUAUGAGCUGGGUGAGGAGGCCAUGGAGAAGUUCCGGGAAGAUGAAGGGUUCAUCAAAGAUGAGGAGAGACCCUUGCCAGAGGGGGAGUACCAACGCCAAGUAUGGCUCCUCUUUGAAUACCCAGAGAGCUCUGGGCCUGCAAGGGUCAUUGCAAUAGUCUCUGUCAUGGUGAUCCUCAUCUCCAUUGUGAUCUUCUGCCUAGAGACAUUACCUGAGCUGAAGGAGGACAAGGAGUAUACAGUGCAUCGCACUGACAAUACUACCCAGGUCUACAAAUCCAACAUCUUCACAGAUCCCUUCUUUGUUGUGGAGACCCUGUGCAUCAUCUGGUUCUCCUUUGAGCUGGUGGUGCGCUUCUUUGCUUGCCCCAGCAAGACUGAAUUCUUCAAGAAUAUUAUGAACUUCAUUGACAUUGUGGCCAUCAUCCCUUACUUCAUCACCCUGGGCACCGAGAUGGCCGAGCGGGAGGGGACUCAGAAAGGAGAGCAGGCCACCUCCUUGGCCAUCCUGAGAGUCAUCAGACUGGUAAGAGUAUUUCGAAUCUUCAAACUCUCCCGGCACUCUAAGGGCCUCCAGAUUUUGGGACAGACCCUCAAAGCAAGUAUGAGAGAGCUAGGUUUACUAAUCUUCUUCCUCUUCAUUGGGGUGAUUUUGUUCUCUAGUGCGGUAUAUUUUGCUGAGGCUGAAGAACCUGAGUCUCAUUUCACAAGUAUCCCUGAUGCUUUCUGGUGGGCGGUGGUAUCCAUGACCACUGUGGGCUAUGGUGACAUGUACCCUGUGACAAUUGGAGGCAAAAUCGUAGGCUCCUUGUGUGCCAUCGCUGGUGUGCUGACAAUUGCCCUGCCUGUACCUGUCAUCGUGUCCAACUUCAACUACUUCUACCACCGAGAAACAGAAGGGGAAGAACAGGCUCAGUUACUUCACGUUAGCUCCCCUAAUUUAGCAUCUGACAGUGAUCUCAGUCGCCGCAGCUCCUCCACAAUCAGCAAAUCUGAGUACAUGGAAAUCGAAGAGGAUAUGAAUAAUAGCAUAGACAAUUUUAGAGAGGCUAAUCUCAGAACUGGCAACUGCACUGUAGCCAACCAAAACUGUGUUAAUAAAAGCAAGCUGCUGACUGAUGUGUAAACAAAACAAACCAAAAUCCCCACUCACAGCUUGAAGACUUUAGUGACACAGUCACACUUUGUAGAUGCUUUACUGAUAGUCUUUGAAUGCUUUAUUUACCUCGUAAAUGCAUUGUUGCAUUGCGAAGUCUUGCUCAGCGAUUAAGAAGCUUCCAGGAUCCAUGAAAGAUAAGAUUUUGUUUAUUUAUAAAAAGCUUUUUCCACCUGGUAAAUUAUAACCAUUUGAACUAGUUUAGUUUUAAGCUGUAUGACAUUAGACCUAAAUUUUUCCUCUCCCAUCUCCCUUUUUUUUUGAUGAAGUUUAACCUAAACUAAACAAGACAGUUUUUAGAGCUAUAAAGCAUAUGCAUGGAUUCCAGUAAAAAUAUUCUGCAAAACUGCACAGUUGCAAGAAAGUGCAUCAAAUAAUAAUAAUAAUAAUAAUAAUAAAAAGAUUAGCAAAAACCUGCAGCAAGCAUUUGCCACGGUUUUUAUGGAGGAGCGCAAAUUUUCCUUCCACCCCUUAUGUGAAAGGUUACAUACUUCCAAUCUACAGAUCCACACAGCACCUUAUUAAAAACAUACUUAAGCCUGGUCUCUUUUGCUGUCCAUAGAAGAACUAUUCUAAAAGGAAAACAACAAACAAAACUGAAGACAAAACAUCUGCAAUGCUGCUAAGUUCUCUUACAUGCAGAUGAUUUAAACACACUUUUCCUUUUCCCUGUCCAGAACUGGAUACAAAACUUUAAGCCCCUCUGUUGCAAGAUAGCACAAUGGAGUUUAAUAUAAGCAUGUUUGAAUUUGAUGCUAUUUAUUUUAUAAUCGCAUGCUUGAAACGUUACCUCAGACAAUAGCGGAUAAGCUUUCGUUUGA